AUGGACACAUUACCUCCAGGCCGCCGUUCGCACCGGAAAUCGCGAUCAGGAUGCUUACAAUGCAAAAAGCGAAAGGUCAAGUGCGAUGAGAGCCAGCCACGUUGUCGGAACUGCGAGAAGCACGGGGUUGUUUGUUCCUUCGCCUGUCCCUCAACCGCGCUUUCUCCACCCCAGGCGGACCCAGCAGAGUCACCUGUGUCGCUAUCUGGCCCAGAUAGCACCGGACCUGGAAAAAUUCGUGCCCCAGUACCUGGAAUCUCACAAGUUUUACCAAGUCUGUCCUCAUUAGGACCAUUCCCUUCCACAUUGGCUGUUUUUGACCUGGAACUGUUGCACCACUGGACAACGUCAACCUGCUACACACUAUCGCGAAGCCCCGCUGUGCAGACCGUUUGGUGCAAUGAAGCACCCCGAAUUGGCUUUGCAACGCCUCCAGUGUUGCACACCUUGCUAGCACUUUCUGCGCUACAUCUAGCUCGCUCUGAUGAAGCGCGACGCGCAACAUGUCUUGCUCACGCACAGAUGCACCACAGCACCGCCGUGAGAGAGAUGAUCCCGCUCGUUUCACCUCUUGCGCGAGACAAUGGUGCAGCACUUUUUAUUUUCUCCUCUCUGACGUGCAUGUUCUCUUGCGCCAAGCCAUCGGAAGAAGGCGAUUUCCUGGUUCUCUUUGAGCGUGGGAAUCUAUCAGAGUGGGCCCGUCUUUUCCGAGGGACAACAACUGUUAUUCAUACCGGCGGUGAGGAUCUUCGUACCGGGAGGCUGGCACCUAUCUUCACAAACGGAUCUUAUCUAGCUGCUGCCCAUCGCUCGCCACAUGCCCUUGAGCAAGGCAAGCCUCAUGUUUGGGAAUUGCAACAAAUGAUAUGGAGAGAAUGCGCAGCUGACCCGUCACUUCGAGUUAUCUAUCAAGAGGCUUUAGAUGAACUAGCCCGCACAUUGGGUCUAGCCAUAAGGCCUGGAAUCAUGCGGAGACUCGAGAGCGCAGAUGUCUUUCGGUGGCUGCUUGAUGUCUCAGAUCAAUAUUUAAACCUCUUGUGCCAGGAAGCACCGAUUGCACUCGUUAUAUUUGCUCAUUGGUGCGCAUCUAUUCGUCAGAUCGAGUGGAUGUGGUGGAUGGAAGGUCUAAGCUCGCGCCUUAUGACACAACUAUAUUCUGUGUUGGAUCCAAAAUAUCGAGAUUGGCUUUUGUGGCCACAGGAGAUUAUUAAUGGGAGCCAUGAACAGUUAAGUUAA